AUGGAUCGACGAUUAAAUUCAACAUUAGACUUAGAAGAAUAUACUACGUUUAUCACCAAAAGCAUUUUGGCAGCAACGCAAGAAGCUAUUCCACGUAUCAAGCAAAAUAUUACAUCGUAUUCACCAAGUGAAGCUUCGAAAAACUUGAUUCAACUCAAACAUCAAGCAUAUCGAAGAUGGAAGAAGACCGGAGAUGAUAUAGAUAAACUUCAAUUCUACACGUCGAAAGUCCUACUUACAAAUUCACUUCGGAACGACAGAAGAAACAACUUUAACAAGUUAAUGUCUUCAUUAUGCCAGAAAAAGAUGUACUCGGAUGCAGUUUGGCGAACGGUGCGCAAGUUCCACAACAAGCGGAUCAAGCAAACUUAUGCGAACGUCAUGAAAUACAACAACAUCGAAGCAAAGUCAGACAAGGAGAAGGCAGAUCUUUUUGCGGAUUAUUUCCAAAAUGAGGUCUACUUCGAAGCGCCUGACUCACAGCCAUUUCAUGAUCAAGUAACUCGUCGAACAAACUGCAUUAGAAAAGGAAUGACAACCAAUUCAAACAAAAAUAGCUGGAAGCAAAUCACUGUCAACGAAGUUAAAUAUCAUUUAAAACAUCUUCGUAACAGUGCCACAGGUCCAGAUAAUAUCCACAAUAGGUGUUUGAAGAAUUAUUCAAAAUUACUUGUCCAACAUCUCACGAACAUGUACAACGAAAUUUUGAAUUAUGGUUACAUUCCCGAUGCGUGGAAACAAGCAAACAUUAUUCUUCUACUUAAGCCGAACAAAGACAAGCAACAACCGUCCAGUUAUCGGCCAAUUAGUCUCCUUAGCUGCUUAGGCAAGCUACUGGAGAAAAUAGUCAAACAACGUCUAAUGUCUGAACUUAAUCAACGCAACAUCUUACCAGAACAUCAAGCCGGCUUCAGACCAGGAAAAAGCACAGUUUACAAUAUCGUGAGACUACAACGAUAUGCUGAAAAUCAGCUGACGGCUGAAAGCCGGAGGCGUCAUUCGGCUGUCGUUCUUUUCGAUAUUAAAGCUGCUUUCGACUCAGUAUGGCACGAUGGUCUAAUUUACUUCUAA